AUGGGGCUGGCGCAGCGCCAGGCCUUCGUGGACCGCGUGUUCCGCGUCGCCGAGGAGGACAACGAGCGCUUCCUCAAGAAGCUCCGCGCGCGGAUCGACCGCGCCGGCAUCCAGAUCCCCACGGUGGAGGUGAGGUUCCGGGACCUCAACGUGGAGGCGGAGUGCCACGUCGGCACCCGCGCGUUGCCCUCGCUGGACGUGGCCGAGGGGCUGCUGGGACGCGUCGGGGUCAAGCUCGGCAAGAGGAGGACGCUCCACAUCCUCAAGGGCGUCUCCGGCGUCGUCAGGCCGUCCAGGAUGACGCUCCUGCUUGGCCCACCGUCUUCCGGCAAGACGACGCUGCUACUGGCCCUGACCGGCAAAUUGGACCCCACUCUUGAGGUGAGCGGGGAGGUGACCUACAACGGGUACGGGCUGGACGAGUUCGUGCCGCAGAAGACGGCGGCGUACAUCAGCCAGAACGACGUCCACGACGGCGAGUUGACCGUGAAGGAGAUCCUCGACUUCUCCUCGAGGUGCCAGGGUGUGGGCCAGAGAUACGAGCUGCUCAAGGAGCUGGCGAAGAAGGAGAGGCAGCAGGGGAUAUAUCCCGACCUGGAAGUCGACCUGUUCAUGAAGGCAACUUCAGUUCAUGGAGCCACUCUGCAGACGGACUACAUUCUCAGGAUCCUCGGGCUGGACAUGUGCGCGGAUAUCCUCGUCGGCAACGAGCUAAUGCGCGGCAUCUCCGGCGGGCAGAAGAAGCGCCUCACCACAGGUACCCCCCGCGCCCUCUUCUUCAUCAGCCUCAAAUCCAUGCUGGUCGGCCCGACCAAGGUGCUGUUCAUGGACGAGAUCUCCACGGGCCUCGACAGCUCCACCACCUUCCAGAUUGUCAAGUGCAUCCAGCAGAUCGUCCACAUGGGCGAGGCCACCGUCCUGACCUCGCUGCUCCAGCCCACGCCGGAGGUCUUCGAACUGUUUGACGACGUCAUGCUGCUGUCCGAGGGGCAGAUCGUCUACCAGGGGCCCCGGGAGUACGUGCUUGAGUUCUUCGAGAGGUGUGGCUUCCGGUGCCCGCAGAGGAAAGGUGUCCCUGAUUUCCUUCAGGAGGUUACAUCAAAGAAAGAUCAGGAACAGUACUGGAUACAGAAUGAAAAACCAUAUCACUAUGUAUCAGUAACUGAAUUUGUUGCAAAGUUCAAGAAAUUUCAUAUGGGGAAGAGCCUCAGAAAACAACUUUCGGUUCCUUUCCACAAGAGAAAAAUACACAAAUCUGCUUUGGUCUUCUCUGAAAAGUCUGUCUCUACUUUGGAGCUUCUCAAGGCCUCAUGGUCCAAGGAAUGGCUUCUCAUGAAGAGGAAUUCAUUUGUGUACGUCUUUAAAACAGUUCAGGGAACUUUUGUUGCACUAGUAGCCUCAACGGUGUUCUUGCGAACACACAUGCAUACAAGUACUGAGGAAGACAGGCAAAUCUAUAGAGCACUUCUUUAUGUCAUGAUAGUUAACAUGUUCAAUGGUUUUGCUGAGUCAUCUAUUAUUUUGGCAAGACUCCCUGUAGUCUACAAACAUAGGGAUUUUUUGUUCUAUAAACCAUGGACUAUUGUACUUCCGAAUGUUCUGUUGAGAGUUCCUGCCUCCAUAUUCGAGUCAAUAGUUUGGGUAGCUAUAACUUACUACAGCAUUGGCUUUGCCCCAGAAGCUAGCAGGUUCUUCAAACAUUUAGUUCUUGUCUUCUUUAUCCAGCAGAUGGCUGCAGGACUCUUCAGAUUUGUCUCUGGCUUAUGCAGAACAGUUAUCAUAACUAACUCAGCAGGAUGCAAUUUCAAAAUGGCUGAUAUGGGGCUAUUAUUGUUCACCUCUUAUGCAUACACCGCUCUUGCCUCUAAUGAAAUGCACUCUCCAAGGUGGAUGGACAUAUUUGCACCUGAUGGUAGGAGAUUGGGAGUGGCAGUUUUAGAAAACUCAAGUAUCCCCACCAACAAGGAAUGGUACUGGAUUGCUAUGGGUGCACUUUUAGGUUUCACUGUUCUAUUCAAUGUGUUAUUCACACUGUCACUUAUGUACCUAAAUCCUGUUGGAAAACCACAGUCAGUUCUGCCUGAAGAAACUGAUACAAGUCUAGAGGAAGGAAAGAUGUCAGAUAUAACACAGGGAACAAAAAUCCCGACACCAGAACCGUUAUCCUCAAAUUCUAUGAUCACAUUGGAUAAGGUACUUGAACAGUUACGUGGUCAGUCCCCGAAUACUUCUGAUAGGUCACACAUGAAUGCUUCUAUCAGAAUUCAUCCAAGAAGAGGGAUGAUUCUUCCAUUCGAACCCCUCUCCAUGUCCUUCAGCGAGAUAAAUUACUAUGUUGACAUGCCUGCAAUCACUAUAAGGGAGUCCCUGCUCUUUUCUGCUUUUCUGCGUCUUCCUAAGGAAGUCACGGACCAAGAAAAGAAGAUAUUCGUGGAUGAAGUUAUGGAAUUGGUUGAGCUUAACGGCCUCAAGGAUGCUAUUGUUGGUCUCCCUGGUGUGAAUGGGCUCUCAACAGAACAAAGAAAGCGAUUAACGGUCGCUGUAGAGCUUGUGGCAAACCCCUCGAUCAUCUUUAUGGAUGAACCAACUUCAGGUCUUGAUGCAAGGGUUGCCGCAGUUGUUAUGAGAACUGUUCGGAACACCGUCAAUACUGGAAGAACUGUUGUCUGCACUAUCCAUCAACCAAGUAUUGACAUUUUUGAAGCUUUUGAUGAGCUGCUUUUAAUGAAAAGAGGAGGCCAGAUCAUAUACUCUGGGCCACUGGGUAGGAACUCACAUAAAGUUGUUGAAUACUUUGAGGAAGUUCCUGGAAUCCCAAAGAUCAAAGAGGGGUGCAACCCUGCUACAUGGAUGUUGGAUGUAACCUCAGCUUCUACAGAGGUUCAGUUGAAGAUUGAUUUUGCAGAACAUUACAAGUCAUCAACUAUGCAUCAGCGGAACAAAGCAUUAGUCAAAGAGCUGAGUAAGCCGCCUCCUGGUUCCAGUGACCUCUACUUCCCCACUCAAUACUCGCAGAGCACCUUUGAUCAGUUCAAAUUCUGCCUCUGGAAGCAAUGGUUGACUUACUGGAGAAGCCCUGAUUACAACCAUGUCAGAAUGGUCUUUGCAUUAUUUACCGCCUUAAUGUUGGGGAUUAUAUUUUGGAGGGUUGGCAGUAAGAUGAAGAGUUCAGCAGAUCUUUUGAUCAUCGUCGGAUCAAUGUAUUUUGCUGUCGCAUUUGUUGGCUUUGACAAUUGUAUAACUGCUCAACCUGUUAUUUCUGUGGAAAGGACGGUCUUUUACAGGGAGCGUGCAGCUGGAAUGUACUCAGCUAUACCAUAUGCUUUCUCACAGGUUGUUGUUGAGAUACCAUAUGUGUUCGUGGUUGCUUCCAUAUUUGCCGCUGCGUUCUACGGUCUCUUUAAUCUCUUCUCAGGGUUCAUUGUUCCAAGAUCGAGAAUCCCGGUGUGGUGGAUUUGGUACUAUUGGAUUUGUCCAGUGGCAUGGACAGUCUAUGGACUGAUUGUGUCGCAAUAUGGUGAUGUGGAGGAUUUCAUCAAGGUGCCUGGGAAAUCCGAUCAGCAAGUCAAGACUUUCAUCAAGGACUACUUUGGCUAUGACCCGGACUUCAUGGGUGUAGUGGCAGCAGUGUUGGCUGGCUUUACUGCCCUCUUUGCUUUUAUGUAUGUUUACUGCAUAAAGAGAUUUAAUUUCCAACAGAGAUAA